AUGGGGGCCUCAAGCGACUCUUCGUCUAUCAGCGUCACUGUCAGAGUGAGGCCGUUUACAAUUCGCGAGGCAGCCCAGCUCACCAAAUGUGAAGAUGGUCCGCUGUUUCUUGGAGACGGUUCCCUCGCUGGUGCACCAGCUCCAAAGCUGAACCAAAAGGGUCUCAGGUCAAUCAUCAAAGUCAUUGACGACAGGUGUUUAGUAUUCGAUCCCCCAGAAGACAAUCCCGUCCAAAAGUUCUCCAGAAGUGUUGUUCCCAACGGAAAACGUGUGAAAGACCAGACAUUUGCGUUUGAUAGAAUUUUCGAUCAGAAUGCCACCCAAGGCGAAGUAUACGAAGCGACUACACGAAGCCUGCUCGAUAGCGUCCUUGAUGGAUACAAUGCCACCGUAUUCGCUUAUGGUGCGACCGGAUGUGGAAAGACACAUACUAUCACUGGCACUCCGCAGCAGCCCGGUAUUAUUUUCCUCACCAUGCAGGAGUUAUUCGAACGUAUAGAAGAGAGGAAAAGCGAGAAGCAUACGGAAUUGUCCCUUUCGUUCUUAGAGAUCUACAAUGAAACGAUUCGAGAUCUUCUUGUUCCCGGCGGCGCAAAAAGCGGGCUAUCCCUGCGAGAAGACUCAAACAAAGCAGUAUCAGUAUCCGGAUUGUCAAGCCAUAGCCCGAAAUCUGUGCAGGAGGUGAUGGAUAUGAUCAUGAAGGGUAAUGCUUGCCGGACAAUGUCCCCAACCGAGGCGAAUGCCACCUCUUCUCGAUCCCAUGCGGUUCUUCAGAUCAAUGUUGCACAAAAAGACAGAAAUGCCGAUAUCAACGAACCACACACUAUGGCGACCUUUAGCAUUAUCGACUUGGCAGGAAGCGAGCGCGCGAGCGCAACGAAAAAUAGGGGGGAAAGGCUCUUUGAAGGUGCAAACAUCAACAAGUCACUCCUCGCCCUCGGUAGCUGCAUAAAUGCACUCUGCGAUCCACGCAAACGAAACCACGUUCCUUACCGAAACUCGAAGCUAACACGACUCCUUAAAUUUUCGCUCGGAGGCAACUGUAAGACAGUCAUGAUUGUCUGUGUCAGUCCAUCCAGCCAACAUUUCGACGAAACCCAGAAUACCUUGCGUUAUGCCAACCGGGCAAAGAACAUUCAAACCAAGGUCACGCGAAAUGUAUUCAAUGUUAAUCGCCACGUCAAGGACUUCCUGGUGAAGAUUGAUGAACAGAUGGCAUUAAUUAACGAACUCAAAGCGCAGCAGAGGGAAUCCGAAAAAGUCGCCUUUGCCAAGUUUAAGAAGCAGACUGAAAAGAAGGAUGCUGCUGUGCGGGAAGGUCUCGCUCGGAUACGGAACGCCUAUGAUCAUUCGCUACCGGAGCGGCAAGAAAGAAUAAAUAAUAUGAUUAGAUUGAAGCAGGUAAGCCGCAGAAUCGGCCUACUGUCAUCGUGGAUUGCAGCUUUCGAUAAUGUUUGCGCAAAUUCUGAAAACGAGGUGCCAUUGUCGAAUCUACAAGCCGUCCGGAAAACAGCUCAAGGAAUCUUGCUAGAGCUGGAAGGAAGUAGGCAGCAUUACCACCAGCGCCUGGCAAAGAGUACCUGGGACCGUGGUAUGACAUCGGCCGUUGAGAAUGCUGUCCAACAACUUCAAGAAUUCGAUACGAGUGAUAAAAGUGAUGUUACCAACCUUCGGCGUGAGGCGGAGUUGUUGAGGGCGAAUACCGAGCGAGAGGCUCUAUCGGCCGUUGCAGAACAAGACAAGGCAGGAGAUGCUGCUGUAGUGCAGCUGUUACUUCAGGCACACUUUGAAAUAGCUUCAUCGAUUGAGCGUAUUAUGCAUUUGAGCGAGGAAGAGGCCGUGGAAAUGGGCAAACGAAGUCUGACCAAAAUGCUCGAUUCAUGCUGUACAGCAACCUCGAACGUCGUCAAACCGGACAGCAAUCUGCCCCCGAUGCCGACCUUCAGCCCUUCAAAACAUAGCCCCGCCAAGGCAAAAAAGAGAUUGAGCUUAGCUAUUGUUCCUCCCUCAAAGAGCCUGAACGCAACAGUCGCAUUGCACCCGACCGCCCCAACCUCUCCUACGCGAGGAUCUCCUCGCCGUCGUAAGAUGGGCACGGGGAGGAAGAGCGUCAGCUUUUCGCCCAAGAAGGCCCCAGCAAAGCCGCCAAAGCGGAGCGUUCGAUGGAAGGAUGACGAGGAAGACGGUACCCUGACUGAAAUUCAGAAGACACCGCAAAAACGUGAAGCCACCCUAAUCCAUCGGAGCGUCAGUCCGCAAGAGCCUGGGCUCCCCAGAGCCUCACCGAUUCCUCGUGGCAUCCCAGUUCCAACUCGAAACUUCAGCCCUUCAGGUGGCUCCUCGCCAAUUCCAACACCUUCCGAUCAGCCAUUGAGCAUUCCGAAGAAUAACAGAUUCAAGACGGGCUUUUUAUCUAAAAAGACUGGCAGCUCUCCAAUUCCUGCACCACCUACAGUAGCUCUCUCCGUUUCCGACCGGAGUUCUCCACUGCGUGACAUAGAAGGCAGCAGUUUUCUAAAUCGAGCAUCUACAGAGCGGCCAUCUAGGAUUGCGGUCAGAACGCCGAGCGGCAACUACUCACCCAGUCCUGCGCAGCCUGAGACUAAGGGCGAAUGGAAGGCUAGCAAGGAUGAUGUGAGAAGAAUUAGCACCGCUAUGAGACGUAUCUCAAUCGGGUCUUUCGGUACCAGUGCAUCUGCGACUGCGCUUCGUGCUCACCGUCGCCGCAGCCCGACUUCAGCAACUUACGGUAGUUCACCACCAGAGAACACGAUGUUCACCGCGCAAGCCAGGCGGAUGGCCAAGGGCGAAAAAGAGCUCGAAAACAAACCUGCUGUCCUAGGCCCUCGGAGCCUUCCCAUAAAGAAGAACACUAGUCAGAGACGCACAACGUUCGGAGGAGACAUUCGUCCUAGAGACUUUAGCUUCUCAGGCCGGGAUAUCCGGCUGAGUGCUAUUGGCGGUUUCUGA